UUAUAUCUGUCUUCGUUAUAAUUUGUAACACCAACAACCCGGCAUAAAUCUUGAAAUUAGACACAAAAGUGUUUUAUUGGUUAUGGUUUCAUUACCGUAUGUUUAUAAUGUGUUAAUAAUUAAAUAAACAAAUAAAUGAAUGAUGAUUGUCGAGUGAAUUGUUGUUAAUUAAAUGACCGCUCACUUGUUGAGGAUACAUUGAAUUUAUAAAUUAAGCAAUGAAGCUUUUAAAACCAAACUGGGUGUCUCACGAUGAUUAUCCCAUUUUUUCCGUGGAUAUUCAUCCUGAUGGCAAGAGAUUUGCUACCGGAGGCCAAGGCGGCGAUUCUGGGCGAGUUGUAAUCUGGAAUAUGGAGCCAGUGAUCAACGAAGCAGCAGAACUGGAUCAAAAUGUCCCUAAAAUGCUUUGUCAACUGGACAACCACUUGGCCUGUGUAAAUUGUGUAAGAUGGAGCGCUGGCGGUCUUUUAGCCUCCGGAGGCGACGACAAAGUGAUAAUGAUCUGGAGAUUAGCCGGCAGCGGUGGAGGAAGUUCGAUAUUCGGUGGAAAAGCCAGUGUCGAAAACUGGCGAUGCAUAGCAACACUAAGAUGCCAUGAAGGAGACGUGCUGGACCUAGCAUGGGCGCCGCACAACCCCUGGCUAGCAUCUGCGUCCGUGGAUAACAGUAUCAUCGUUUGGGACACUUCUAAAUUUCCGGCUAUCGUGGCUAUACUCAAAGGUCACACGGGACUCGUCAAAGGAGUGACGUGGGAUCCCGUUGGUAAAUAUUUGGCCUCACAGUCUGACGAUAAGACUUUGAGAGUUUGGAGAACAACAGAUUGGAGUGAAGCGACAUUGAUAUCUGAUCCUUUUGAUGAAUGUGGUGGCACUACUCACGUUUUAAGAUUAUCAUGGAGUCCAGAUGGACAACAUUUAGUAUCGGCUCAUGCUAUGAAUGGUGGCGGGCCUACUGCUCAAAUAAUUGAACGUGACGGUUGGACGCAUGAUAAAGAUUUCGUUGGUCAUCGAAAAGCUGUUACAUGUGUCAGAUUUAAUAAUAAUAUAUUCCAUAAAAAACAAGGAGGUUCAUCAAAAUCACGGGAAUAUUGUUGUCUGGCGAUUGGAUCACGAGACCGUUCGCUCUCAGUAUGGCUGACGUCAUUAAAAAGACCUUUGCUUGUAAUAAACGAAUUAUUCACACACUCCGUACUCGAUGCCAGUUGGUCUCCAUGUGGUUUGAGAUUAGCCGCUUGCUCUUGGGACGGUACCGUAGCUUUUAUGGAAUUCUCCCAACAGGAAUUGGGUCGACCGCUAGAUCCUGCUGAGCAGUGCAGCCUCCAUGAACGCAUGUACGGUAAAUCGUUGGUCCAAGGAGGUUUUACCGUAAUGGAGGCGCCGGUUUUACUGAACCUAAAACCUCCAGCACCGGUAGCUCAAACACCACCCGCUACUCAACCGGUCUCAAAUGGUUUUGGAUCGACAGCUUCAUCAUCACCUUCGCCUAUAAAAGCUCCCAUUAAUAAACAAAUCGAGACGAGAACUUCCGACGGCCGGAGACGUAUCACUCCUAUGUUUAUUCCCCCACCACCAGAUACAAUGAAUACUACCGGAAGUACUGAUGCAACAGUGGCAUUAAAAAAUACUCCAACAUUUACAAGUACAUCACAGACUAAAAGUACAAUCGUUAUAGAAAAACGUGAUGACGUUGUCACGCCUAAUGUCACUACGAUAACUAAUAUGGCGACGCCAUCAACAUCAGCACCAGGACUUACGUUAAAGCGUCGCGAACAAACUACUCCUCGGCAACAUCAUCAUCACCAUCAUCACUCGCAUAGUCGCAAACCUCGAUUGGUGUCCGAAAAACAAGGAGGCCAUGUGUUCCCGGCAUUGAAACCCAUGGGUCCAUUGUCCCACCAAGCCGCUCACUACGCGGUAACGGUAACAAAUAAUCAACAUCUUGCUCAUCUACAAGUUUUUCGAGGCACGGAUUCGGAGCCAACGUGGAACCUUCACUUAGGAUACAGUGCAGUCGCUUUGGCUGCGUCCGCUGCUGUUAUUGCUGUGGGAUUAGAGGACGGAAGUAUUCAUACCUUUGAUCCGACGAAGGGGUCACGGCCUGCGCCGCCUCUGGCUCCCCCAGCUCCACUGGCGAAACUCUACGCUGUGGGUAAUGCAGUGAUGGUAAUUUCUUGUUGCGGAGCCGUGCGCGUUUGGGAAAUCGGUAGCACCUCGAGAUUAAUUGUCUCUACUUCUGCUAGUCAUUUAGCAGCUUUUGGUGGCUCGUUAUUGUCUUGUACUCUGUACAAUGGAAUGCCACAUCUAGGGUUUACAAAUGCGCGAGCGUAUAUUUAUAAUAAAGAAAUGGGAACGUGGUUAUUAGUUGGAGAUAGUCAUGAUCCAGUUUGGCGUUGGUCAGCGCAGAGCGCGUCAACAUUAGCUGGUGGUAGAACACCACGUGGCCCAUUGUCAUCAUUACAAGAAGGAUUAAAUAGAACUGCGGGUGGUAUUAUGCCUAGUCCUAGACCGCCACACAAUGGCUCCAGUGUUGUUUCAUAUUUAGAACAGCAAUUAUUAGCAUCAAAAGCUCUUGGAAGUCAGCAGGAAUACAUCCAUUGGUUUAUGGCUUUGAUUACUUUCCUAUUAACUCAAGACGGACUAGAAAAAAGAUUAAGAAUAAUGCUCGAUGAUCUUAUGGGACCAAGUCACAGCACGGCGGCUAAAAGUACAUGGGACCCAUCAAUUCUUGGUAUUAAAAAGCACAAGCUACUGGCGGAUGCUUUGGGAGUAAUUGGUGGACACUUACGAUGGCAGAGAUUAUAUCUUGAGUAUUCGGAACAAUUAGCGGCGUUCAAAAAUUAACAAAAUAAAUAAUAAAUCAAUUAAUUAAUUAAAAAUUAAACUGUUACUAAAACUAAAACGUAAUUAAAUCUAAAAAGUCUACAGUGAUAUUUUUAACUAAGAUUACAUCAAAGCAAUUUAUAUUUUUAUCGUGAAUGUAAGUAAAAAAAAAAAAAUGAAAAAUAACAGAUAAAGAAAAAAAAUUUAUAUAGACAAUUAUGAAUAUACUGUAUGAAAUUUUUUGAUAUUGAUAAUAAUAAGUUAAAUAAUUUAUUUUCC